AUGCAGCAAACAUUUCUUUCCCCGUUCCGAGGUCGUUUGGCUCGCAUAUCCCGGUAUCAAAGUAUUCCACAACAACAAAGGCCUUUACGCACCAGUGCCAACCAAGGAGCGCAGUCAUUGUCAUACAGAAGGUUGGGUUGUUCUAGUAACAGGAUACGUGAGGCACAUCGAAUUCAUAAAAGAGAAAGCAGUUCUCGGCAGUCAUCGAAGCCAUUUUUAUCAGAUUUACGCAAAAUUCCGAAUAGUUACUCAGGAAGUGGUCGAACUCAUCCAUCUUCAUCCUCCAUUUGUCUUAUGCGGACCCACCAACCACAAAGAGAUAUAUUCCAACAUUUCACACCGAUCGUUCUAUGGGAAAAGAUAUUCGAGGACUUCAACGUCCCAUUCCUUCAGAUCGCAGGCAUCAUGCUUAUCUCCAGUCACCCGGUCGGUCUUAUGAUUCCAGUCGAUACGCAAGAGAGGUUCAGCAACCAGUCUAUGCAGAGAAAAACACUUUCAAAUCAGUGUAUGAUGAUGGAUGUCGUCAAAGUAAUUCCGUACUUCGCCCAGAACCAUAGUAAGUUUCUUUCCAAUUUCUUUUGGGAUAUAUCCAAUAAAUCGUUUUAUCACCAGUUACUAUUCACCAUAUACAUUAUUAUGGCGUGUAUCAACAAUCACUGUUAUCAUCCAAGAACUUAG